UGAUUUUUCUUUGUGACGAAAACAUCUUUAUUCAGUAGUCUUCUAGACCAGAAUGAGAUAGAAGAUUUUUAGGAGCUGCAAGUAUUUAAGAUACUUAGCUGUUUUAAAUGCCAGUAUUUAUAAUAUCAAGUCCAUUCAAAGAGGGAUCUACGACGAUAUGCAUUGGUAGUACACUUAGCGAAUGUCUGAUAGCUGUACAUGUAGGAUCGCCUGUGACAAAUAGACAUAACCCACGGAGGGCCCCGCUCACAGACACACUCGACUACUCAUGUGGAUUAUACACAUCUUUGGUGUAAGGAAAUGAAUAAGAUCAUCGGUUAAGAAAUAUGGGGAAAGUUUUAUAUUAUUUAUAGUAAUGAAAACGCAACAUUGUUUGUACAUCGACCGACAGUCUUCUUUUGGAUGGACUAUUGAUCAGGAUGGGAACACUAACUGGAAGAAUCUGCAGUGUGCACUUUGAAAAUGUGGAGCGGAUCAAACGUAAUGUACGUGAUGUCUUAGUACUUAUUAAGGAAUCGGAUAUUUACAACAACAGAUGGAGUCGGAAAACUCCGAUUCCUUACAUACUAGUGGUUCUGAAGAUGGACAAGGCGAGGGAAAUCGGACUACAGAUAACAAAUAUUUACCGAAAAGACCAGGUGAUUUCAAGACCAUAUAUGCUCGAAAACCGGCUUUAAAAGAGCUCUACAAGGAAAAACAGCACGAAGAGAAUUCAUGUGUUCAGAAACAGUGCACUAGAACAUUAGGGACUCAAGCUGUGUAUCAGAAAAUGAGCUCAGACUCAGCAAAGAAAAGAAAUAUCGGAGAGAGUUCGGAUGAUAAAGAGAAUUCUGGUGGGACAAAAAGUUGUCGAAGGAAGUUUGACUACACUCAGGCAGUGUACAAGAAAGGUGCAACACUGAUUUCAAUUUUAGAAUUAGACUGUGCAGACUCAUCAGAACCAGAGUCUCCAAAGAUUGAACCACUGACGUUAAAUAAAAAAUUCAGCCAACUCGUGCCCUUCUCAAGGCAAAAGUCCACUUAUCACCAGUUUGAACAGACUAUGUAUUACUCAUGUACCCCGGAACAACUGUCUCUACACAAAUUAAGAUGCUCAAUCUAUUCCAGUCUCGGCGCCAGCUGGAGCAUAGUCAACCCAGAUGAGUGCAAGCGUGUAUGUUUUCAAUGCUUCAAUAAAUACAAGGUAGAGUCAAUGUUAGAACUGACCCCUGGAGACCACAUCACCAUCCACCGAUCUGUCGGAUACGAACACCACGCCAUUGUUGUCGAGGUAUCGCCCGAUGAGGACGACCCCACUUCCGGUUUUCUGAGAGUUAUUCACCGCAGUGCAAAUGCUGGCGAAGUGGCCAAGGGGAUACUACUGUGUAUGAUCACUGUGGGACAGUACGGGAAUUUAGCGUACCUGCGGGAGGAAGACGUGAAAUUCGAUUUAAAGAAACAGGAUGUGUAUAUUAUUCAGUACAAAAAUAAACCCUUUACUCGUUCUAAAAUCAUCCGCCGAGCACGGGCCGAGAUAGAGAAUGAGGAAACAUUGUACAGUAUAUCAUCAGACAACUGUGAGCACUUUGCUAACUGGUGUGCUACCGGGGAGUAUUACAGUCACCAGAUUGGCUUACUGAAAGCUACUCUCCAAAUGCUGCUCUUCUCAGACAAUGAAGCAUAUAAUAGAAUGUUAAGUAAUCUCGCAGAGAAUGGUAUAAUGUGCGAGGAAUGCUUUCAGGAAGCUAAAAAGGCACAGGAAGAAAGUAGACUAAAUCAGGAGAAAGCAGAGGAGAAUUCCCUGACACGUAUGCUUCCUUGAUUGCUUUACUCUUAAAAACGUGCUCAAACCAGAGAAUAAAACAUGGAAAGCAUGGAAUUAUGUACAACUGCCUAGCUCAUACAUGCCAGUCAAUUGAAUAUUAGCUGCAAAGCUGUAGCACUAUGGUUUUUAUAUAUAUUCGAUUUUUUACGCAACAGGUGGACAUUUCUGCUCAAUGGGGGUGGGGUGGGGGGUCUCCACUUUCCAGCUUUGGUCAAUCAACUACGUUUUACUGCCUCAUUCUAGACAUAUUCUAUUACAAACUUGUAUGUUUAACCACCUUUUAAUCCUUUAUGGUCGUUUAUUAUGGACCAAUAAACUCUCAUUGUAAUUUUUUGCAAAAUGGCAGAAAAUUCAAAAUGAGUGAGUUUAGUUGGCUGUAGAAAAGACUAUGAAGGGUUUGGAGGUUAAAAUAAUAAUGUAAAGGUUUGUUAGUGUGGAAUGUUUCUAGAAAUAGGGAGUAAAUGGUAGUCGAUUGACCAAUGUGGGAAGAGGAUAAACUCUCUCCAACAAUUCACAGAAAGUCUUGUAUUAUGGUCAAAGACUACAAUAUAAAACCAUAAUGCCACAACCCUGCAGGUAAUUGAAUCUCAAAGAUAACGCCCCAAAAUGUUUGCAAUCUCCAAAAAAAAUUACAAUGCAUUCAAAUGAAUAUAUUGUGUACUUUUUUGUUGUAAUAAAAUCUUCAUUUUCUGAAAUA